AUGAACUCACCAACAGCUUCUUCGCAUCAAGUGCACCCAGAGCCCAUCAGUGUUGAGCACGAUGGAGCAGCAGAAAAGAACAAUGUUGGUAGCGGCUUUUUUGAUAGUACGUUAAAAAUGGCAGGAUAUCGCAAAAGACGGUUUGGGAAAAUUCCUGAACCUGUGAUAAUUCCCCCUCCAAAUCCAUCAAUUACAACUUCGUCGCCUGUUAGCCCGGCAAAGAGUGAUAGUUGUCUGGAUUUGCCUUCAUCCUCUCCUCGUACCCCGUCAAGCCCAACCAAAAGAUUUGUGUUGAAACCGAUUAAUGCUUUGACUGCCGCAUUACAGAGAACUUCGCUCACUAAUCUGACUGGGAGAAAUAAAUCAGCAACAACGUUGAAAUUACCAAAGUCUCCACAAUCACCAAAAGGAAAUUACUCUUCUUCACCUUUAUCAACGUUUGGAAAAAUAAUUUCACCUGGAUCACCAACCAAUAAAUCAUCGCCUCAAUUGUCUAAACCACCACCACCAAGAUCUCCAAGGAUAUUGCAUAGAAAAGGAAGUGGUGGUUCUAUUAGAAAAAGUGGAUCGGAUACGCCGAAAUCACCAUCAAAAUUUGGCAAAUUUAAUCUAAGGACACAAAAAUCCGGAUCUUCGUGCAGAAAAGCAAUGCCAAUCUCCCCACUUGAACUCGACGAUCAUAUUCGAGACUCAUUUAAUGUUAAUCUUCCCACAUUACUCAUUAAACGAUAUCGUCGUGGAAAUGUUAGUAAUUUUUCAUUGGAUAAUUUUAUAACUACACCCGAGGGACGAGAUAAGUAUCUUGAUAUCGUACAAGAGGAUGGCGGUAAAAAUGCACGUGAUGUAAUUGUAUUUGAUGAGACGAUGGAUGAAUCAGAUAAAGUUAGCCCGGGAUGGACAUUAUUAAGCGUGUUGGAACGUGCAAUGUUGACUUCGUUAGACUCUUCAGCAUCAUCAACUGAGAAUGUUAAUGAAUCUUGUGAAUUACUAAAAGGAAGAGUUUAUUGGCUGAAAGGCGGAUUUGAAGCUUUCAAAGAUUGGGAUAAAGAGAAGAUAUUCGUGACGGAUGGAUUAGAAUCGCGGCCACUCAAAUCUUAUUCAUCUUCAAUAACAACCCAGGAUCAGAAUAGCAGCAGUAAUAUAGCAUCAGAUUAUUAUAAUCAUAGCAGUAACAAUAAUAAUACAGAAAAUGUAUCAUCAGUUAAUGAUAAUGAAAUUUUUGGUAAUGGAGAAGGAACACCAAAUUUAGUCAGAAGAGAUUCUCUAUUUUCAGUUAAUACUGAGAGAAGUUCAUUGAGACGUAAAUUAAGUGAUCAAAAAGAAAUAGAAAAACAACCUUCAAUCGACGAAAAUCGUAUUAAAGAACAAAAACAACCACAAUUAUCAUUACAUCCAACAACAGAUUAUAAUGAUCAACAACAGCAGCAGCAAUCACAGAAGUCUUCUCCGAAACAACCAUCAGAUAUUGUUAGAUCACGGAGAGCUUCAAAUGGACUACAAUACCUUUUUGCUCCUUCAAAUGGAAAUUCACGGAAUGUUAGUGAAUGUCCACCGACUCCUUCGGAUCCAAAUCGACAACGUUAUUCAUUAUUUGAUGAUGAUAAUAACAAUAAUGUGGAUUCCAAUGAAUGCUCACCAAGUACUCCAACUUCUUCGCCACAAGUUACACACCCUGAAACCGUGUUCAUAGUUUCCACAAUUUUUCCGGAUUUUCUGUUCCUCGGACCGGAGAUUACUAAACAGGAAGAAGUGGAUGAAUUGAAGGAAAAGGGUGUAAAAAGAAUUCUAAACAUGGCGUUUGAAUGUGAGGAUGUUUUGGGGUUGAAUCAACAAUUUGAGAACUACCUAAAGUUGAAUAUUAAAGAUUCGGUUGAGGAAGAUGUCGAAAGUGGGUUAAAAAUUGCUAUUGACUUUAUAGAUAAAGCGCAAAAAGAAAACGUACCAAUUUACGUGCACUGUAAAGCUGGAAGAUCUCGAUCAGUGACUGCGGUAUUAGCAUAUAUUAUAAAGACGCGUCGUUGGACUCUAAAGGAUGCCUAUGAUUACGUAAUGAAACGGAGACGUGGAAUAUGUCCAAAUAUUGGAUUUGUGGCUGAAUUGAUGAGACUCGAAGAAAAUGUAUUUGGCAUACGCCGUUCAAACUUCAGCGCAACCACCUCUUCCUCAUCACCAUCAUCAAAGAAUCAAGAAUAUGAGAUGGAAAGGCGAGGAAUGGAUGAUAGUACCAUUAUUAGUUCGCAUAAUGAAGGCUCGCAACAACCUAUAAAGUUACCAAAGACUGCUUUUUUUUAA